AUGGCCGCAUCUUCUAGAAGGUCGAAGGGUGGGGUAAUACCGGCCUCGUUGGGCUUCCGGCGUUCCGGUCCUUUAUGUACGUCGGUGACGUCGGAUCCGUCGCCUUUCACGUCCGCGUCGUCUUCCUCGUUCGCUUCCUCGUCCACCUACUACUCGUCCUCCCCCUCCGGCGGUUUCUUCACCCACCGCCGUUCGGUGUCCCCAACGAAGGUCGACGUCCACGCGCUGUCCCCAACGCCGCCUCCAACGCCGUCCGUCCGAUUCCCCAUCGACAGAUCCAUCUCGCCGCGGCGCUCAAUCGCGGCGUCGCCGCCGCCGCCGCGCAACCAGGUCGUGCAGAGAAGCGGCGGCGUACAGAGGAGGACGUGCCUGUGCUCCCCGACGACGCAUCCGGGGUCCUUCCGCUGCGCUCUGCAUAAGAACAGCUUCGGAGGCGUAGUCGGCGGCCGGAACGGCUCCGCUCCGUACUCUCCGCACCGGCUCAACAUGAGGAGGUCGGCGAUGACGAACUCUCUUGUGCGGAUCGGCACCGUCGAGGGGGAUCUGGUGAAGCGUGCUCUGGCGGCCCUUAUCCGCCCCUCCUCGCACCAGCAGCGCCGUCGGGCGGACUUCCGGCCCCGUCAGAGCCGUCUCUCGGUCAUGUCCAAAGCCGAGGACCUUUAA